GCGUAGACCGCCUUAAAAUUUACUCAAAAGUUGCGUUCUUCGACCGGAAGUUUCUGUACCAAUUCGAGGCCGUUAUUCUGUCGCUUUAACGAACUUUCAAUGGCUGCAGUUGUACUGAAUUGUCAGGCAGAUAUUACCAAGAUCGAAUCUGCUCUUCAUGCUGCGAGACGUGAAACUUUGCAGAGAGGAUCGCAAGACAUUUCGCCAGAUCAGGAGAAGGCAAUGGAGAGACUUCUUCGCAAAAGGACGGAUCAAUUGAUUGCGAAGAUACAUAUCUGCACGACAACACAGGCUGCGGAAAGGGAAGGAGCAGAUGAUGCUGCCCAGGACGUAUCAGAUGCGCUCGCUGUUCUUGACAAGGAGAACCAGCAGCUGCAGACAGAGGUGAACGAAGCUGCACGCCGUGUUGCUCAACUGCGCACAACUGUCCCCAAAGCGCUGUCCAACAGAUUCAAGGGGAUGCUUGAAUCAUGUCGCCCUACUCCGCAGCCAGAGGGCUCUGAUGCAGAGCAGUCUGGUGAAGAAGAGGCGGGCCCACCUGAUGCUUCAUUGUCUCCUGCGCCGCUUGAGCUGCAGGACAAGUUUGCUGCGAUCACCAAUGGCAUGCCAUCCCUCAGGGCUGAGCUGGAAGAGGCUUUGGAAAGGCUGCAGCGCAUUGUGGCAGCCAUCGAUUCAGAGGCCGAGAAAGCACCCCCCAACACAGUGGAGAAAGCAUUCAAGCACUUUGACAGCCCCGCAACCUCUGGAAUGCCCUCGCCAAAGUUGGCAGACGCCGUCAGCUCUGGCAAGAUUGUGACGCGCAGGCGCAUGGCAAGCCACCUGCGGCCCAUCCCAUACCCGCUGCGCUGAAGUGAAGAGCAUGUUAAUGUUUCGGCGCUGCAGAGUUGAGUUUGUCAAUGCCAGGCCGACCAGAUCAUGUAUCAUAGCAUCGUCCACCACAUGCACAUGGGAAUCCAACAUACACCACAGGGACACUUGUAAACUACUUACAGACCACCAAAAUAUUAUUAAUCAAUCCUUUGAUAUCUAUUUGACGACAGAUUCCGUCAUAGACACAGUUGUAAAAAAUAAUUGAAGCAAC